GUUAAUUAUGCAUAGAUCCCAGGCUAGCUAGCUAGAUGUUGAUCUCAUUUCAUUUCCCAUGGCAUAUUGAUGGUCAGUCUUGACUUCACCACCGACCGUAGUAACCUCUAAAAAGAUCCCCUUUUUAUUUUCAUCUUUAAUUAGAUCGACAUUAUUAAUUCCUCUGUCUAUAUAUAGUCUGUCAGGAUAUAGGCAACGUCUCAAACAGUUUUUAUCUGCACUACUAUUGAUACUGAUACAUAGAUACACAUAUAUAUAUAUUACUCCAUAUUCAAUCUCUGAGGUAGGAGGAUCAUCAAUCAAGAAAUGAAUAUGGCAAUUGUUGGAGGGGGGUGGGUGGUCUUUGUGGUAGUUUCUGGGUCUGUGGGUUUUCUGGUGGGAGUGGUGAUUUUGUGUUGUUUCUUGCCUUUGUUUUUGGUGAGGCAUCCGAACAUCCCCAAGGGAUCUUUUGGCUGGCCUCUUGUCGGAGAAACCAUAGCUUUUUUAAAGCCUCAUCCAUCGACCUCAACUGGGGCUUUCUUGGAAGACCAUUGUUCGAGGUAUGGGAAAGUGUUCAAAUCCCAUCUGUUCUUCUCCCCCACGGUGGUUUCAUGUGACCAAGAACUCAACUACUACAUACUCAACAACGAAGAGAGGUUGUUCAAAGGAAGCUAUCCCAAGCCCAUCCAUGGAAUCCUCGGCAAGAAUUCUAUGCUCGUCGCUGUCGGGGAAACCCACAGGAGGCUCAGGAACGUCGCUGUUUCGCUCAUCACUACAAUCAAAUCUAAACCUGAUUUCCUAAGCGAUAUUGAGAACACUGCCCAGCUCAUUCUUAGUACAUGGAAAGGCAGAAACCAGGUCAUCUUCUCCGAGGAAGCCAGAAAGUACACGUUCAAUGUAAUAGUGAAGCAGGUUCUUGGCUUGGCUCCUGACGAGGCACACACGAAGGAGAUUCUUCAGGAUUUCUUGACGUUCAUGAAAGGCCUGAUUUCUCUCCCCAUUUACAUCCCUGGAACUCCAUACGCAAGAGCUGUUAAGGCUAGAAAUAGAAUAUCUUCAACUGUGAAAGCAAUCAUAGAGGAAAGAAGAAGAAGAAAAACAAGUGUUGAUGGAAACUCUAGGCAGAGAAUGAGCAGUGAUUUCUUGGAGAUACUGAUCUGUGUGGAUACCUUAUCCGAAGACGAAAAAGUUAGUUUUGUGUUGGAUUCUCUUCUUGGUGGGUAUGAGACCACUUCUCUUCUCUUGUCAAUGGUGGUCUUUUUCCUCGAUCAAUUCCCCCUAGCCGUUGAACAACUAAAGCAAGAGCAUCAGAAAAUUAGAACUAGGAAGGGAAAGGGCGAGUUUCUGAACUGGGAAGAUUACAAACAGAUGGAGUUUACACAUAGUGUCAUAAAUGAAGCUCUGAGAUAUGGAAACAUUGUUAAAUUUGUCCACCGAAAGGCGAUCAAAGAUGUCAAAUUUAAAGAAUACAUAAUUCCAUCGGGUUGGAAGGUCCUACCAGUCUUCUCCGCAGUUCAUCUCGACUCUUCUCUCCACGCUGCUGCCCUAAACUUUAAUCCAUGGAGGUGGAAGACACAAGAUCAAGCAUGCAAGAAGUUCACUCCAUUUGGGGGAGGAACCAGAUGCUGCCCGGGAUUCGAACUUGCAAGAGUUGAGGUUGCCUUUUUUCUCCAUCAUCUCUUACAAAGUUAUAGAUGGAAAGUCGAAGACGGGGAGCAGCCGAUUGCGUACCCUUACGUAGAGUUUCGCAAAGGGUUGAAGUUAAGUAUAGAAUCCAGCUCGCACAUCGACAGCUGAACAGCCGUUUUGCAUUGCAUAAUGUAAUAUUUGAAACAUAAUCGAAUGGAUCAAUUCCAUUACAUGAGGUCCUAUGAUGGUGAGAAUAAUUUACCAUCCAGAGAAGAUAAAUUGGGUUUUGGAAGAGCAAGCUUGUAAGGCUAGUAGAGGCUUUUUUUUUUUUUUUGUAUAAUUAAUUUCAUUUUAAUGUUCUUUAAAUUCAAUAAACAGUUG